AUGGAUUUUCCACAAAAUAUUAAGUACUUCAUAUUAACCUAAACUCUAUGCUUAUAAUUCUCCUAGGUUUGAAAUAUUUACAAACUAAAGCAUAAGAUAAUUUUAUAACACUUUUGUCGUAAAAUUUAGAUCAUACACUCGAGAGCAUGAUGUGCAUUAUGCUUUAAAAAAAAAAAGACUAAACCAUUUAUGAGUAAAGAACCACGAUAUCAUUCUUAACAAAUUAUUUAAUCAAGAUUAGGAUAUGCAUCAUGCACUCAAAUGUAAGAUCGAAUUUGCUCAUCCCGAACCCUCAUUAAUCUAAUUACUCCCCAAUUAGUGAAAACGUUAAAGUAUUUCAAGAACAGAGCUUACCAUUUUUGCAAACUUUCAUCUCCAGAAGAGCGCACAAUUAGCCCAGGCGCCCACCAACUCCUUUAAAUAAAAUAACCCCAUUUUUAUAAUUCUGAAAACUCGAAGAAAGUCAAUCAAUUCAAUCAAAACUGAUGUUGAAGACCCUUUCUUUGUUUCCUCGUUUACCCUUUUCCUCUUCUCGAAGAUUUCCUAAUUUCGCCACAAUGUCUGUGGAAGCGGUACCAUUGUGUCCUAAAUUUGUUCCUGUGGAGCAAAGUAAAAUAACUUCGAUCAGCAGCCCUGAAGCAUACAAAUUCAGUGUUGUAUCAUAUAAUAUUUUGGCACAGGUAUUUGUGAAGAGUUCCUAUUUUCCACACUCCCCAAAACCUUGCCUCAGAUGGAAGGCUCGUUCCAAAGCUGUUUUAACUGUUUUAGGAGAUUUUGAUGCCGACUUUCUCUGUUUACAGGAGUUAGAUGAGUAUGAUAGCUUUUAUAGAGGCAAUAUGGAACAACUUGGAUACUCGAGCAUCUAUAUUCAAAGGAGUGGCCAAAAGCGUGACGGGUGUGGAAUCUUUUACAAGCUGACCAGUGCAGAGUUGGUCUUACAAGAAAAUAUUGAAUAUAAUGAUCUAGUGAAAUCUAUUGAUGAUGAAACAAAUAGUAGAGUGAUGGAUAGUGCUGUGUCAGUUGCUGGAGGAAAUGCAAAUGCUGAAGAAACCCAAGGUUCGACAGAGAAAGGUGCUGAAAACGACCGUGGAGACCCUAAUGAUCCUCGUGUCAGACUAAAACGUGAUUGUGUUGGAAUUAUGGCUGCAUUUAGACUAAAGAACCAUUCUCAGCAUCUUAUUAUUAUUGCAAAUACACAUUUGUAUUGGGAUCCAGAAUGGGCUGAUGUUAAGCUAGCUCAAGCUAAAUAUCUACUGUCGCGUUUAGAUCAAUUCAAAACUCUAGUUUCAGAAAAAUUUGAAUGUUUUCCUUCUGUUAUUGUGACUGGCGACUUCAACUCUAUCCCAGGAGAUCAGGUGUACAAUUACCUAAUUUCUGGCAGCUCUUCCUUGGAGUCUACGGUUGAAUGUCCUGAUGAAUUGCCCAUUCCUUUGAGCAGCGUCUAUGCCUGCACAAGAGGAGAACCGGCAUUCACCAACUGCACCCCUGGCUUUACAGGUACUUUGGAUUACAUUUUCUUUUCGCCUUCCGGUUGCAUACAACCUGUGAGCUUCUUAGAACUUCCUGAUGAAGACUCUCCCUCUGUGGCUGGUGGGCUCCCAAACUAUCAGCAUCCCAGUGAUCACCUUCCCAUUGGUGCAGAAUUUCAAGUCCAUACUCAAUAACACCACCUGUUCUAUGUGCUUCUAGAUUCCUUUUAAUUGCUUCUAGAUUCCUUUUCAUUUUCUCAUGACUAAAUUGGGUUCGAUUUUUUUUCCAAACCAUGCUAGACGAUACAGUUAUUGAUUUUGACAAUAUAUACAAGGUUGCCUCAAGUACAACACUCACAAUUUUUUGCACUCCUUUUAAUUCUCAUUUCUUGUUUGAACUACACUGUAAACAUGGUUGUUAGCUGCUUAGCUCUAGACAAAAAGAAAAUCAUGUCAAAAAAUUUGACUAAUUUGAUAUGUUGGGCUACGCUUGGGCUAAUUUUAGUCCAAUGCAUCAUGCCGGCCUUGUAAUCCAUGUUUAAUUUUCAAAAAACCGGCCCAAAAUUUCUGCGCGAAUCCAGGUUGUUAUUCGGCCCAAGACAAGCCAGACCACUCUUGAUUCUUGAUCAGCUCAAGUGUGUUAAUAGUAAUUUGAUACACUGUACUCUCCAAAAAAAAAAUUAAAAAAAAAUUAAAAAAAAAU